GAGCGGAAAGCGAUUUCGGCGGCGAUCAAAGACAGGAAAGGAAUUCGAUAGACCCGAAACACGUUCGAUUCCCUUCUCCCUGAUUGAUUGAUUAAUUAAAUUAACGGACGAAUCGAAAGCUGUCCGAACCAAAACCUCAUUUCACCUACUCCCCCCCCUCUCUCCCCCUUCUCCCUCUCGACCUCCUCCUGCUCGAGCUCGGCGGUUCUUCUCCUCCUUCGAGUCGAUGCAUUUGGAGCACUGAUUGAGUUCGCGUUUCCGAGCUCGACGACCGAGGGACGAUGAUGAUGAUGGCGGCGACCGCCGUGGCUUCUUCUUCUUCUUCUUCUUCUUCUUCUUCCUUCUUCCCAUGCAGUCGCGUCGUGUUCCCGCCCCGCGGUGCCUGCCGGAGCGGCGGGGUUCGGCCGCCUCCCGCGCGGUACGGCUCGUCUCCGUCUUGCCUGCGGCGGAGGGCGUCCGUCAGGGCCGUGGCUCCCGAGCCGAAAGCGGGGAAGCAGCAGCAGCUCGAGGUAGUGUAUGAUCCUGAUGAGAGGAUAAACCAGCUGGCUGAUAAGGUGGACAGGGAAGCUCCUCUUUCUAGGCUCACUCUGUUCUCGCCUUGUAAGGUUAAUGUCUUUUUGAGAAUCACUAGGAAGAGAGAGGAUGGGUUCCAUGAUCUGGCGUCUCUGUUUCAUGUAAUAAGUUUGGGGGACAUAAUCAAGUUCUCCUUGUCACCGUCCCAAACGAAGGAUCGACUUUCAACGAAUGUGUCUGGCGUACCUCUUGAUGACAGGAAUUUGAUUAUCAAAGCACUGAAUCUUUACAGGAAAAAGACAGGCAGCAACAAAUUCUUUUGGAUCCAUCUUGACAAAAAAGUACCAACUGGAGCAGGACUUGGUGGUGGAAGUAGUAAUGCGGCAACUGCACUUUGGGCUGCAAACCAAUUCAAUAAUUGUAUUGCAACUGAGAAGGACCUUCAAGAAUGGUCUGGUGAAAUUGGUUCAGAUAUUCCCUUUUUCUUCUCCCAUGGAGCAGCAUAUUGUACUGGUCGAGGUGAGGUGGUUGAAAAUAUCCCUCCACCUAUAUCCUUGGACAUUCCAAUGGUUCUAAUAAAACCUCCACAGGCAUGUUCGACUGCUGAAGUUUACAAGCGUCUACGGUUGGACAAGACUAGCAAUGUUGAUCCUUUGGCCUUGCUGGAAAAGCUGUCAAAGGAUGGAAUAUCUCAAGAUGUAUGCAUCAAUGAUUUGGAAGCUCCAGCGUUUGAGGUACUACCAUCCCUUAAAAAGUUAAAGCAGCGAAUCAUGGCUGCUGGCCGUGGACAGUAUGAUGCUGUUUUCAUGUCUGGAAGUGGGAGCACAAUCGUUGGAGUUGGUUCACCGGACCCUCCACUAUUUGUCUACAAUGAAGAAGAAUACAAGGAUGUUUUCUUAUCAGAGGCUAACUUCAUCACACGAGAAUCCAAUCAAUGGUACAGAGAACCUGCUUCUUCAACAGCGACAAAUGCUUGUGGUGCAGGCUCUGGUUUUUCCUCAUUGUCAUAAUAAAAGCUGAGCAAGUCCCUCUAGUUUGCUCUUCCACAUUCUGUAUGAAUUUCCAGGAUAUUAUAUUGUAAGUGUUAAUCGAUGAAAAUAAGGUUUUUUCUUCAAGAAAUAAAUAGGGAUUGGCGAUA